AUGGUUGGUAGCAUUGUUGAUUUGGAAGCAUUGGUUGGCCAGAUAUUAUUUCUUUUCCCAUCCGUAGCCGAUUGGUGUCGUGCUAUCCAAAUGGGUAAACCCCGUGGAAUACGCACAGCGCGUAAGCACGUGAACCAUCGUCGUGAGCAGCGAUGGGCGGACAAGGAUUACAAAAAGGCCCACAUGGGUACAAGGUGGAAGGCUAACCCCUUCGGUGGUGCAUCUCACGCUAAGGGCAUCGUCCUGGAGAAAGUUGGUGUUGAAGCCAAGCAGCCUAACUCCGCCAUCAGGAAAUGCGUGCGUGUUCAGCUAAUUAAGAACGGCAAGAAGGUGACCGCCUUCGUCCCUCGUGAUGGUUGUCUCAACCACAUUGAGGAGAACGACGAAGUGCUAGUAGCAGGUUUCGGUAGAAAAGGUCACGCUGUCGGUGAUAUUCCUGGAGUCAGAUUUAAGGUGGUGAAAAUCUACUUCAUUGUGAUAAGUGCUGCCGGGGGAGUUGUCGCUUUUAAGUGUAACUUUUUAAAAAUG